GCUCAGAGCCUAGACCUCCUUCUUCACUCUGUGUCAGCUCCAGCCUGGCUCCAGCCUUGGCCUCUCUUAGGUCCCCUUUUGUUUGUCCCAUUCCUGAAGCUGUGGCCUCCUCAGCAGGCCUCUGAUGUCUUUUAAAGAACCUGGGCUUCUUCUUCCUUAAACUGCAGCUUCUCAGCUACUAGGUCUCCUGGGCUCCUGCCUCUUCCUGUCAGGCCUUUCUAGUCUCCUCACCUCCUCAAGGCCUGGCUGAGAGGAACACACAGCAGCAGGCCUCCUGGGCCACUCUGUCUCAUCCCCUCUGCCCCACCCAUGGAGACCCCAGGAUUGGUCGUGCACGGACAGGCUACGCCCUUUUCCACAGCCCUCCGAAGCCUCGUCAACAACCGCCAAUACAGUGAUGUCUGCUUUGUGGUUGGUCAAGAACGGCAGGAGGUAUUUGCCCACCAGUGCUUGCUGGCUUGUAGAUGCAACUUCUUCCAGAGACUUCUGGGCACAGAGUCAGGCCCUGAGGUGCCUAGAGCCGUGGUGCUGAGCACGGUGCCAGCGGAAGCCUUCUUGGCAGUGCUGGAGUUCCUGUACACCAACAGUGUCAAGCUGCACCACCACUCCGUGCUGGAGGUGCUGACGGCAGCUGUGGAGUAUGGGCUGGAGGAACUGCGAGAGUUGUGCCUGGAGUUUGUGGAGAAGGUACUAGAUGUGGAGCUGGUUUGUGAGGCCCUGCAGGUGGCCGUAACCUUUGGCCUAGGGCCGCUGCAGGAGAGGUGCAUAGCUUUUAUAGAAGCCCACAGCCAGGAAGCGCUCCAGACCCGCGGCUUCCUGGAGUUUGCUUUAACAACUUACUGUGAAUACUAUCGGACCAUUUAUACUUCUAUUUAUAUAGAUCAUCUUUUGCAAGUUUACAAAGACAUAUUUACAUAUUUGAUGUUUCCUCGGCCGGUGGCUGAGGUGGCCGCUCCGGUGGUGCGAGAGCUGAGACUGGCCUUGCUGGCCCCCGCGGAGCUCAGCGCCCUGGAAGAGCAGAACCGGCGGGAGCCGCUCAUCCCGGUGGAGCAGAUCGUGGAGGCGUGGAAGUGCCACGCCCUGCGGCGAGGGGAUGCAGCCCAGGGCGCACCUUGCCGCCGCCGGAGGGGGACCGUGACCCGGGAGCACCACCGCUUUCUGGACCUGCCCUUCAAAUGACGCCAGCCCCAGGCUUGCAAGGAAUUCUGGGUCUGUUUGAACUAUGGCUCCCUUGGACACGCUCUGGGCUCGGAGCCGGCUUCUGCUCCUGGCAUGCUUGGCAAGCCCAAGGCCCGAAGAACCGUUCUGUGCAGGGCCCCAACUGAGCCGGGUGCUCGGGUCGAGGUCUAUGGCAUGGGACAGUGCGAGGAGGGCUGGGCCUCAUGGUGAGGGCAAGAUCCGAAAGCGAGGGUUCCUUCCCUCCAUGCCCUCACUCUCCUACCCAGUCCACCCUCCUGACUCCCACGUUUAUCUGUUAAGUUCAACCUCCCCUUUAAUAACAGACCCGUCUCUCAGAGCUUUCUCCCAGAGUACCCCACAGACGACGCAGCACAGUGCUAAAUCUGGUUCUCCAUCUUUCUGAAGCUCUGCUCCCAUCAUGUCUGUCAUUUGCGUGGGUGCCCACAGUGAACACUUGGAUCUCAUCCUUCCCUUACCUUUCUCCUACACCUGCCUCAUUUAGCUUCUGCCUUUUUUUUUUUAGACAGGGUCUUGCUCUGCGGUUCAGACUGGGGUUGA